GUCCUCUCUAGCCGCUGGUGGCGGCGGUUGGCGGCGCCUGCGGGCGCUGCCGCCGCUUCAAAGUUUGCCGCCGCGCGGAGCGGGUCGCCCAGCCGCUCUGCCUCCGUGUCCCGCUCGCACUGGGCUGGGCUGCUCAGGGCCGUGCGCGGGGGCGCCCCUGGCUCUGCUGGCUUGCCUCGGCGGUGCCUCCGCUCCCCGGUGCGGCGCCGCCCGCUCAGUCGGCGCCGCGUGUUUCGCCCCGCGGCGGGCCGGCGAUGGCGGGGCACCGGCGGCGGCCCGGGCGGGCGCGCUGAGGGGGUCGGGGGGUCUGGGCGGCGCCAUGCGGUCCCUGAACAUCACCCCGGAGCAGUUCGCGCAGCUCCUGCGGGACAACAACAUGACGCGGGAGCAGUUCAUCGCCCUCUAUGGGCUGCAGCCGCUGGUGUACAUCCCGGAACUGCCGGGGCGCACCAAGGUGGCCUUCGUGCUCAUCUGCGUGCUCAUCUUCGCCCUGGCGCUCUUCGGCAACUGCCUGGUGCUCUACGUGGUGACCCGCAGCAAAGCCAUGAGGACCGUCACCAACAUCUUUAUCUGUUCCCUGGCGCUCAGCGACCUCCUCAUCGCCUUCUUCUGCGUCCCCUUCACCAUGCUGCAAAACAUCUCCUCCAACUGGCUCGGAGGUACCUUUGCUUGCAAGAUGGUACCGUUUGUUCAAUCCACUGCUAUUGUAACUGAGAUUCUCACGAUGACCUGCAUUGCUGUGGAAAGACAUCAGGGAAUUGUGCAUCCACUGAAAAUGAAGUUUGAGUACACAAAUAAAAGAGCUUUCACAAUGCUUGGCAUAGUCUGGUUGCUGGCAGUUAUUGUUGGGUCACCUAUGUGGCACGUGCAACGGCUUGAGGUUAAAUAUGACUUUCUGUAUGAAAAAGUGUAUGUCUGUUGCUUGGAAGAAUGGACCAGUCCUAUUUAUCAGAAGAUAUAUGCCACCUUCAUUCUUGUUAUACUCUUCCUUCUUCCAUUGAUGUUGAUGCUCUUCUUGUACACUAAAAUUGGUUAUGAACUCUGGAUUAAGAAACGAGUGGGAGAUGCUUCAGUUCUUCAAACCAUUCAUGGGAAUGAAAUGUCUAAAAUAUCAAGGAAGAAGAAGCGAGCAAUUGUUAUGAUGGUGACAGUGGUGUUUCUCUUUGCAAUCUGUUGGGCACCUUUCCAUGUGAUUCACAUGAUGAUAGAAUACAGUAACUUUGAAAAGGAGUAUGAUGAUGUGACAGUCAAAAUGAUCUUUGCUGUUGUCCAAAUUAUUGGAUUUUUCAAUUCUAUUUGCAACCCUAUUGUGUAUGCUUUUAUGAAUGAAAACUUCAAGAAAAAUUUUCUGUCUGCCAUCUGCUUUUGGGUUGUCAAAGAAAAUGCAUCACCAGCCAGGCGACUUGGGGACUUGGGGAUUACUAUGAGGCGGCAAAAAGCAAGUGUUUCUCGAAGAGAUCCCACUGACUUGGACGAGGCUAGGAGGGAGGCAUUCAGCAAUGGCAACAUAGAAGUCAAAUUCUAUGAUCAGCCAGCUUCGAAAAGGAAUUUGAAACGGCAUCUUGCCUUAUUCAGCUCUGACCUUACUGUGCAUUCUGCUUUGGGAAACGGACAAUAACAUCACAAAGGCUUUUAGAAUGAAGAAAGCCUUCCCUUUAUCUGAUAAUUUUGAACAAGCCAUUUUAAAUAUAUUUUUUCUAUUUUGCAUGCUGCAAGGAGAGGAAAAAUAUUCAAUGGAUUAUGAUAAUGUCUGAAUAAUGGGUCAGAAACUGCAAUAUAUUUUAUAGAUGAGGGAUAAAACUUUGGAAAACAAUAUUACUGCAUAAUUUCCAGAAAAAUGUUUUUCUUCCUAAGCUAACAUAGGGCUUCUGUGCCCUCCACUCUAGGUAAACCAAGCAACUGCUGCUUGCUUUGUUUACUUUUUAUCUGGAUGCUCACAAACCGUUGGACCAUUCACAGUUGAAUGUAGUUUGCCAGAAGAUAUAAACCGUGGAAAGUAUGCACACUUCCUUUGAACAGCUUCAGAAUCUCACCUGGGUCUAACAUUGUCUGUAAGAUCUACUGUCUGCACUCCAAAGACAGAGAAACUUGAAAUUUGAAUUUAAGAAAAAUGCAGAAGAGAUGCAGUUCUGUUUUUGCAAAGUAUAUGAAAGAACCAGCCAGAAUUUGACUUUGAAGAGACGAAGAUUUAGACUUUGCAUGCUCAGAUUUUGUAAACAGAAAGCAUAUUUGAAAUUAAUAAUACAUGCAUAAUCAAUGUGCUGUUUUUACAGGUUAAUUCUCUGGGUAAAAAUAUAAAUGCAAGUAAACAGCAUUGUUCCUCCUGAAAAAUGUAGAAUUUGAAAAAGUGCUGUAAGAAUCAAGGGUCUACAGAUGCUAGAGGUGUGUUCUAUAGAAUAAACACUGAGUUUUACUUAA